UAUUUCAAUUUUCAACACUUCUAUUAUUAAGCAGUUACUUUUCAACAAAAUGGAUACUGGAACGUCUAGAGCUUCUCGUAAGACGUGGGAGUUAGAAAAUAACAUUAAAACAUUACCCAGCUGUGAUGAAAUAUUCCGCUAUGACGCAGAGCAGCAGAGACAAAUAUUAGAUGCUAAACCAUGGGAAAACGAUCCUCAUUAUUUUAAAGAUAUAAAGAUUUCAGCUUUAUCACUUUUGAAAAUGGUUAUGCAUGCUCGUUCAGGUGGUAAUCUAGAGAUAAUGGGUUUAUUAUUGGGUAAAGUAGAAGGCAAUACCAUGAUUGUAAUGGACGCUUUUGCUUUGCCUGUAGAGGGCACAGAAACCCGUGUCAACGCUCAGUCCCAGGCCUAUGAAUAUAUGUCAACUUACAUUGAUUCUGCUAAGGAGGUAGGUCGAUUAGAGAAUGCUAUCGGCUGGUAUCAUAGCCAUCCCGGAUACGGUUGUUGGUUAUCGGGCAUUGAUGUUAGCACCCAAAUGUUAAAUCAGACCUAUCAAGAACCGUUUGUAGCUAUCGUAGUUGAUCCAAUACGUACAAUGUCUGCUGGCAAGGUGUGUUUAGGCGCUUUCCGCACAUAUCCUAAGGGAUAUAAGCCUCCUAACGAGGAGCCAUCAGAAUAUCAGACAAUACCGUUAAAUAAAAUCGAAGACUUCGGCGUUCAUUGUAAACAGUAUUAUCCUCUGGAAGUUAGUUAUUUUAAAUCAGUACUUCAUCGUAAACUUAUGGACUCGGUCUGGAAUAAAUAUUGGGUCAACAUUUUGGGCACUUCAGGACUCUUAACUAAUUCCGAUUACACUACAAGUCAAAUAUUUGAUUUAGCUGAAAAAUUAGAGCAAAGUGAAACCAGUUUGGGUCGUGGCUCUCUUCUAGUGACAGGAGGAGACGUUAAUGAAAAACGUACCGAUGAUAAAUUAACCAAAGCUACACAUGACAACAGCCGGACCUGCAUUGAAUUAAUACACGGCCUAAUGAAUCAAAUUGCCAAAAAUAAGCUGUUCAAUAAGGUUGGUUUGGCUAAAUAAGCUUUUUGAAGUUGAUCCUCGCCGUUAUAAAUAUCUAAAUAAAAUGAAAAAGUAACUUUGAAGAAUGGAAAGACCGAUUUUUUUUUAAAUUUAAAAUCUUUCAAACGUCUUUGUAAAUGUAAACCAUUAGUUUAAAUUAUCUCCAAUUAGCGCAUAAGAAUUAGCAAAAACGGCAAAAGAGAUUUGGUUACGCGCUGGCAAUCGUUUUUAAAGAAUUAGUUUCGAUCGCUGCAAAGCUUUAUCUUAGAAAAUGGAUUUGAGGUCUUGAAAUUUUGUUUUUGAAAUAAUUCUCCACAUUGGUCUGUCCGUAGUUUUUUUUUAUUUCUACACGAACAAUGAGUAUACAUUUUCAAAAAAGCCGAAGUUUUCUCGACAAAAUUAGCACAGUUUUUUUUAAAAAAGCUACUGUUCCUUUGACAAAAGCUAAGUAAAGUUGCCAUUUUGCAUAUGCUUUUGGGAGCAGCU